AUGGCCAACGCGUCUGAUCCCUGGGACUGGGACACUGAGCGGGUGGUGCAAGAGCUCUGUACCGACAAGCGCAGCUGGAAACCGCCCACAAAUCCGCCCAAGCUUCCGAAUCUUGAGAAGUUGAAGGAUAGCUUGCAAGAGAACCUUAUUGAUGGAGAGAGUCUUCUCGGGGACGGAUCCUCGGCUCCCGACUUCUUCUCUGACAUUGGCGUCAGGGCCAGCAAGCACAAAGAGACUAUCAGAGCAGCAAUCAACCAAUUGCGAAACAGAAGUAGCAAGUACAAGCUCUGGAAAACACGCCAAGAUCAAGGAGAUGAUGACGAUGAUGACGACGAGGCUGGACUACACGAGGAGUUUCUUGCCCGCUUCAAGCAUAUUGAUCAGGCCAAUAGAAAGAGAAAGCUAGAGCAAGAGCGUGGGCAGGACAGUGACGAAUCAGCCUACAAUACACCGCGAGCGAGUCUGUCCGAAUCACCAACUCAAACGCCUUCACCGAACACCACCACCAAGAAGCGCAAGAUUGCGCCAACGCUUCUUAACGGUGAUGCCAAUAUCGAUGAUUUUUGCAAUAUCCCCCAAGGCAUUCUCGUUUCUGAAGUGGUGCCAGAGGUGGACGACAACGGUCUUAUGCACGGGGCAUAUCUGGGCGAAGAGGUCCUGAACAGAGCAGACAUCAAUAACUUUGACGUCUCUGGUCAGCCCCUGUCCGACAACGAAUUCGAUUUUGAGUUCCGUCUCGCUCCCUACCCAGUGGGUCUUCGACGACAGCGUUCACGGCUGGUGAAACGUCGACUCGGCAAUCGACAACAUGUCUUCAGACCCGCCAAGUCGGACAUGGUUCGAGGCGGUGAAGAUCCUGGCCACUAUGAGGUUCUUCCGGCUUACGGUGAAUCUGAUGAUGAGUAUGACAACGCUACCUGGAGGGAGAUUCAGCAGGAGAAAAAAGAACGCAAGGAAAGGCUCGAAGCCGAAGCCCAGCGUAAGCAUUCCGAGCUUCCUCUUGGUGAAAAGGAGGCCAUUCUGGAUACUAUCAUUGAGAAGCUGAAAGAAGAAUGGAAACACGAAAAGCUGCCGGGCUUGGAAUACAAAGCUCAUAAUAUCUGGAAGAACGCUCAAUCUGUACUCAAACAGGCUCUGGAUCAAGAGAAGCGUCUCAUUGAUCGCUAUCAGAAGCGACUCAACGACAUUCGAGCCACUACCAACACGGUGAAUUACUCGAAUAAAGCAGAGAUGAAACGGCUAGAAGGCAACCUGGAAUUAACAGUCGGUGAUCUCGAAACUUCAAGAUGGAAAAUCAACCUUUUGAAAUCUCCGAAUCAGCCCAAUCGACUACCAAGAAUUCAUCGACCGCAGAAGCCAAGAGUACCCAAAGAACAUCCGCUUGAUGAAUCUGAUGGGGAGACACUUGGAAGCGAUACAGACCUUGAAGAGAUUGAGCUCCAGGAUUUCAUUGUUGAAGAUGACGAUGAAGAGAUGGCCGAGCCUCUAGUUGAUAAGACUAUCCACGGACCUCGUAGAUCUGGGUCUAGUUCGGCUUCCAUUGACGUACAGAUGCCGAAUGCCCAGGACACCGACGACGUACCAAUGGGUGAAGGCGAGCUUGCAAUGGAUCUUGACGCACCUUCUCCCUCUCCCGAUGGACCCCCAGCUGCGGAGCCAUCAGAGUCUUCUGACCUUAAGCCCGGACCUACAGCUCAGGAUAACAGUUCAACUGAAGGGUCACCUGGAAUUAAGCCAGAUGGCGUGCCUGCGGCUAUUGUUAACCAAGUCCUCGAUGCAGCAGAGACUUUGGAUCUAACCCAGCCUGCAAUGCCCGCCAUCAAACGCGAGGUUCCGAGCACACCACGCUCCAAGUCGGGACUAAAGAUCGAUACUGUCCAGGGCAAGGAGACUAUAGAUCUCACCACACCAGUGAAGUCAAAUUCUCCUGCGGUAUCGUUUAGCCCAAGUCAGAUGCUCAAUGUCUCUCCGAUCGAUGAGCAAGGUCUUUCAGAGAACGAGAAGUACGUGCUUGCAAUGCUCGAUCGGCUCGAAGAGCACCACAGAUCGUCUGUUGUGUUGUUGGCGUCGAAGAUGGAGUCUGAUCUUGUUUGGACAGGAUUACUUCUGCCUGCUUUGCGCAAAGCAGACUAUCCCAAGUUGCCCAGUUCAUCCAAAGAAGAUUUGGAUUCGUUCCGCGGUUUGCACAUUGCUCGAUUGUUUGAUGCCUUCCUGGGAUCAUCGCCCCCGCACUUAAAGCGCUGGUUUGAUGCCGAGGGAAGGUCUAAGCUGGAGGAAAAGGCUGAUCAAUUUUAUGAUUUUCUCAAGUUUUUGCGAAAACUUUCCCUGAGAUACGUGCCUGGAAUAGCAGCUCAGAAACCGCCAGCAUCUGCCACUCCUCCGAAAAACAUUCAAGCACCAGGCCAUGUUCGUGGCAACUCUAUUGACGACGAAACUGAUCAAGAUGUAGAGGAGUCCAAUGUUGACGAGUCUCCCACAAAGAAGAAACGCAAAUCAACCAUUGUCCGAAACCAGCAGGCACAAGACUUGCGAAAGUUUGACCAGAAACGUAUCAAGGAGCAAGAAGAGCGAAAGAACGCCAUGCGGGCCAAACUUGCUCUGCAUGGAGAUACCCAAGUUAGUCCAGACAAGACCCGCUUCAUUAUCAACGAAUCCAAGGAUAAUGACGAGGGCUAUAUCUAUGUUCCGGACAACAUCGCUGGUAUGAUCAAAGAUCAUCAGAUAUCGGGCAUCCGAUUCAUGUGGAAUCAAAUUGUCACGAACACAGAGGUCCGACAGGGCUGCCUCCUAGCCCAUACAAUGGGUUUAGGAAAGACGAUGCAAAUUAUUACUUUACUCAUAACGAUCGCUCAAUCUGCAGCAUCGAAGGACCCAUCAAUCUCUUCGCAGAUACCCGAAGACCUAAAAGAAUCCCGGACAUUGGUCCUCGCCCCCGCUGGCUUGGUCAACAAUUGGAUGGACGAGCUUUACAUGUGGACCGGCGAGACAAACCAUCAUCUCGGGGAAUUCUACAAGAUUGAUGCCUCAGACAAGAUGCCAGAGAGGCAAGGGACUGUUCAGCGGUGGAGCAAUGAUGGUGGUGUGCUCGUCCUUGGAUACAACAUAUUCAAGAUACUGCUCAAAAAUGAAUCGCUGGAACAGAUUCUGCUGCAGAAGCCAAAUCUUGUCGUUGCCGAUGAGGCUCACUACAUGAAGAACCCAAACUCGCGGCUGCAUACUGCCGUAAACUUCAAAACUCAUCUUCGUCUGGCCUUGACUGGAUCGCCUCUGGCAAACAAUGUCUUGGAAUAUCACUCAAUGAUCAAUUGGGUAGCACCCAAUUAUCUUUCCGAUCUGAGGGAGUUCCGCCAUGACUUUGCCAACCCCAUCGAGGAAGGCCUCGGCGUGGAUGCGACCAGGUAUAGCAGGCGCAAGGCUUUGACCAGACUUAAGUCUCUGAAAGAUACUGUUGCACCCAAGGUCCAUCGCCGUACCAUCCAUUCUCUCAAGGAUGACUUGCCGCAGAAGACAGAAUUUGUUAUCUGUAUACCCCUGACAGAGCUACAAAAGAAGGUAUAUGAGACGCAUUUGAAGUUCGUCAACUCCGACCAAAGUCCCGCUAGUGCGUUUGCGCUUAUCGAGGUACUGACCUUGCUCUGCAAUCAUCCUUCAUGCUUCCGACAAAAGCUUUUGAAAGAAGCACCAGGAGGAACGGAACUUGGAGGAUACGGAUCUGCCAGUGCCAAUGGGAACGCCUCAGAAGCCGCUGAUGAAGAGUACACCUCAGCAGGAGCCACUCCUGAUGAUAGCGGUGCUGAAGCCAGCACCGCUCCGAUACCAGGCCAGCUUGUUAGUAAUCAGCUGCAACUCAUUCAAAAGAACGUCGAUAAUCUCGAAGGUCAAAAGGAGUCGUGGAAAAUCCCUAUCCUGAAGAAAAUAGUCAAAGAAAGUCGAGCACAGGAAGACAGCGUGCUUGUGUUUUCUCACUCGCUCGAGACCAUUGAUUAUCUAGAGAGAAUUUUGAAGCGGGAUAAGCUCCAGGUCACUACUCUCACCGGCCAAACGAAAGUCAAAGAUCGACAGACAAUGAUCAAGAACUUCAAUGCAGGCGGACCCGGCAUCUUCUUGAUUUCGACCAGAGCUGGUGGAUUGGGUCUCAAUAUUACCGGUGCAAACCGUGUCAUUCUUUUUGACGCCAGAUUUAAUCCACAGCAUGAGUUGCAGGCUGUCGGUCGAGCUUAUCGCCUGGGCCAACAAAAGCCCGUUUUUGUUUACCGCUUCGUGUGCGGUGGCACUUUUGAAGAGAAACUUCAAAACCGCGGCAUCUUCAAGAUGCAGCUUGCAUCCCGCGUCGUUGACGAAAAGAAUCCCAUUCCCAAGGCGCAACGACUUGAAGAAAUGUUUCAAAUGCCGUCUGAACCAGUUCAGGAAGAUCUCGAGCCUUUCAAGGGCAAAGACAAGGUUCUCGAUGCUAUUCUCGCUUCGCAUGAGGGUGACGGUAUACGAUCUAUUGUCAUGGCUGAUACAUUCGAGGAGGAGAAUCUUGAUGACGAACAGCUGACCAACGAGGAACAAUCAGAAGCCAGUUGGCUGGUAAAGAUGCACCAGGAUCGUCUUACUGGGAAGCCCCAGGUGCCUUUUGCCCCAGUCGUUACUGGUUCUCACCAAGCAACUGGUGUUUUGUCUAUGCCUUCUCAGCCUCAUCCUGGCUACCAUCAACCAGGUACCCAUCCCUUGCCUGCCAUGCACCGAUCAUAUCCCCACCCCAACAACUCUCAAGCAGUUGCACAGCAGGCUAAUAAUACAGUCGGUGCCUCCCAUCUACGUCCGAGUGCCCAAUCUGCCCGGCGUCAAGCAGGUAUCCAGAAUCCAUUUCCCCAACCAAUUGCUCAGCCUGCCAAUCCUCAAGCAGCUGCUGCUCACCCCAACCAAAUAACAGGUAAGCAGUACUUAGAGCUUCUAGAUUUAAUGGCUGAGGUUGAGCGCGCGCAUCUUGAGCUUCGUCGUCGUCAUCCUGCGAUUCCUGAGCUUACUCGUCGUCAUCCAGCUGCUCUACCUGCCAGUACGGAAGGACCAACCCACCCUGCCUUUCAGUCAGGCACUGCAAGUCCUGUUCCAGGAGUGACCACUCAAAUCAGGGAGGCAACAGCACAUGAGCCGGUAGAUCCAUCAGCAUUGCGUUAUUGGGCUGGACCGAACAUCCUUAAGGGGGAGCUCGCACGAGUAUUAAUGCGCAACGAGUCUGAUGACGGCAAGAAAGAGCACGUAAAGAUGGUUGCCCGUACCAUUUCUGAGACGUUUAACGAACUACGCUCCUCCAAGGAUACCAAUGAGCUUGCACGUGCAAAGAUGGCUCUCGUUGAUGCUGCAAUUAUCCCAACCAUUGCCAAAGCCAUCACAUCUGGUGAAUACACUCCUCAACAGUUGGCUGCAUUCAGCGCCACCGACUAUAGUCAUUGGAUGCAAUCCGCUCGAUUUGCCCUUACGAUGGAUCAGGCGAAUACCCCCUCUGAUCAGUCUACGAAGCAGCUCAAUUCAAUGGAUGAAGGUACUUCUGCUCGGGCUAUCGCGGAGAUGGCGAGUACUCCAGAUGGACGCCAGGAUGGACCGUCAACUCAGCAUGACACAGAAAUCAAUGGCGAUACUUCUGUGCAAACUUUUGUUACGGCAAUACCCGAUGAGGAACGCCAGGGCAAAUCACCGAUUCAGCAGGAAGAGAGAGCGCCGUCUACGCAAGUAGGUGCCAACACUGCCCUCUCUGAUCACUGA